AUGGGGUGGCCGGUGCGCGUUCGGAGGCCCCCGGUGCUGCAGUCCAAGCUGCUGUGCCUGUCCCUGCUCUACCUCCUCACCACGCUCCCGCCCGCGCUCUACGUCUCCUUCACCGACCCCGGCCGCCGCGGCUGCCUCCGCCUCCUGCCCUUCCCCUCCCCACCCAAGCCGCUCUUCCGAUACCCGCCCGGCUACGGCGAGCACAGGCACGCCCUGCCCACCCCGCGCGAGCUCUGCUCCAACCCCGUCGCCUUCGGAGACUACAAGACUGCCUUGGAAGAGAUCCAUGGCCUCUGCCGCAACACCUCGGCGUCCCCUGCGUUGCGGUACCAGAAUGGCAGGAGGGCCACGUUUGCAGGGAACUUCUCGGCCGAGGAACGGAGAUCCUUCUUCAGCCACACAGACGACCAAGUGGCGAUUCCCUGCGGGUUCUUCCGGGAAUUUCCCGUCCCAGAACAUGACAGAUUGGCCAUGGAGAAGUGCAGGGGCGUGGUGGUGGCGUCGGCGAUCAUGAACGACUACGACAAGGUCCGGCAGCCCAGGGGACUGGGUUCCGAGACGCUACGCACUGCGUGCUUCUUCCUAUUCAUCGACGACGCCACCCGCGGUGUCCUCGAGCGGCAGGGCGUCCUUCCUGCCCACGACGCGCGUGGCGGCGGCGGAGGCAAACACACCACCGUCGGCGCGUGGCGCGUGGUGACGCUGGGUGGUCGUCGUGCCGGCGGCGGGCGCCUCCCCUACGAGGACCCGGCGAUGAACGGCGUGGUCGCCAAGCACCUGCUGCACCGGCUGUUCCCGAACGCCAUGUUCAGCGUGUGGGUGGAUGCCAAGGUGCAGCUCACGGUGGACCCGGCGCUGCUGGUGCACGCGCUCCUGGUCCGCGAGCGCGCGGACGUGGCGGUGUCCAGGCACCCCUUCAACCGCCACACCAUGGAGGAGGCCAUCGCGACGGCGCGGUGGCGCAAGUGCCGCGACGUCGACGCCGUCAGGGCGCAGAUGGAGACCUACUGCGCCAACGGCCUGCAGCCAUGGUCCCCCAGCAAGCUUCCAUAUCCGUCGGAUGUGCCGGACACGGCGGUCAUCAUCAGGAGGCACGGCGUGGCCAGCGACCUAUUCUCCUGCCUGCUGUUCAACGAGCUGGAGGCGUUCAGCCCGCGGGACCAGCUCGCGUUCGCCUACGUCAGGGACCACAUGAGCCCCAAGCUGAGCAUCAACAUGUUCGAGGUCGAGGUGUUCGAGCAGAUCGCCGUCGAGUACCGGCACAACCUCAAGCCUGGCGGCGGCAGCGGCGGCGGCGGCCGAGGGAAGCAGCAGGGCGGCACCAGGAUGGCGUCCUCGAGAGACAUCGCCGGGAGCAGCUGCGAGAGGUAUCUUCUCAAGAUGUGGGGGGAGUCUGCUGACUAA